AUGAGCCACUGUUUUGGAGGCCUCUUUUGUUAUCUCAAGGAGCUGUGUUCCAGGGUCUUCCUCUGCCAAUUGAUCUCUCCUCUUUGUCCUAGAGGAGGUAGUCUUUGGAGGCCCUGGAUGUCCUCCACAAAUGACUCUCCAAGGCAAGUGAGGAAGCUUGUGGAUUGGGGGAGUUGGGGACAGGUUGCUGCUAAGGCCACAAAAGCUGACUCUGAGUCCCAUUACCCUGUCAGGCUCUUCCGGCCUGAAUCCUGCUUCUUUGACUACUUAUACAGUACUGGGAAGAUUUUAUUGCAGAACUUCCCUGUCCAGGCCACCAUCAACCUAUAUGAAGACUCCAACAGUGAAGAGGCAGAAGAGGAGGGUGAGGAUGAUGAAGAGAAAGAGGAGGCCAAUGAAAGGAGGUCAGAAGAACACGGGAAAGGACCAGGUUCCACACCACACAGGGCAACAGCUUAG